GACUGACCGCUUUACGAUGAACACGUUUUUAAAAUUAGCGAUAACUGCUUUAUGCGCUUUUAUCCCAUGUAAAGCCAAUAAGAUGUGCAGCUGUCCUCGACAAGACUAUUUGGAGGGCUUACCCGAUCACUUGGAAUAUCGAAGCGCAAAGGAUUUCCUCACGAGUAGGGAGACGUUAUACCUGAAGUAUCUUUCCGUGACAGUAUCUAUUUCCGGAAUUCAGUGCGUAACAAGCACACUAAGAGGCGCAGUUAAGCUUCCAGAGAUUCCACGCUGGAUUUAUUAUACUGAUGCAACUUCACCCAAAAAGAGAGAAAAAAAAGCAAUAACGUUAUAUAUGAGCAAUGAAACGUAUUUUACUACAGAAGAUUUCCCGCAAAUUGGCCAUACCUUCCCUAUUGUGUUCGCCGAUUCUAAGUGUAUGAUAUAUUAUAUUCUGAAAGAUUCAGUCUUUGGCAAUUUAGGAUGCGCUCUCUGGGUGAAAGCAAGAAGCAAAGACAGCCCGCUCCUCCACUGUCAACUCAUUUACCUGUUCUUCUGUGAUACAAGCUUUAAAGAGGUUUACAACAAAGAAGCAUGUGAUGACCUUGUAACAGAAUCAGAAAAGCCUUCAACAUAG